AUGUCUGAUCCCACCCUUGGAGCCCUUCAAAUUUCAACCGGCAUAUCGGGUUUCUUGCUCGGAUGUCUCGUCCUCCAAACCUACAUGUACUUUACCAAUUACCCACGCGAUUCAGUAUGGAUUAAAUCACUGGUCGUGCUCAUUUUCGCGUUGGAAUUCGCUUUGCAUGUCAGCCUGACAGAGCUAAGCUACAAUAUAUCGAUUAUCAAUGCCGGCAACAUAUUUGUUUUGUUUCACCUGCCAACUUGGCCAAUAUCGCCAUUCAUCAGCAUAUUUGCCAUGCCCAUCACGGAGAUCUUCUACCUUUGGAGGAUCUACAGGCUUUUGAAUAAAAUGUGGCCCAGCCUCGUCGGCACUGCCAUCUCUUUAUUUCGCACCUCCUGCUGGAUUUACUAUUUCUCCCGGGCCGUCAGAAUUGGGCUUCCAGCGCUAGCAGUCGAUACCGAACGACGAUGGCUUGUCAUCCUUCUUCUAUCACUCGCCUUUUUCCUCAACGUAUCCAUUGUGCUCGUCAUGACGAUCUAUUUAGCGCGUCACCGACAUACAACAGCAGCGAAGUGCGACGAGGAAAUUAGUCGAUCGACUGAUCAUGUGGACUAUCUCGACUGGUAUGAUUGCAAUGGUCCCCCACGUCACGUCCUUGGUUUUGUUCUUGACAAUGAAAAACACUUUGGUUUGGAUGUGUCUUAUACCAAUUUCCACGAAGGUCUUCGCAAACUGUCUCAUAUCGACGCUGAACACCAGACCGCCGCACACAGAUGUCCACCACCCUCGCCCCACUUCCAAGAAGGUGGCCGCGGGAGACGUAUCCACGGCGAGUCCGCUUUUUCUCACCCAAGCAUUGGUGCUUAUGUUCGUGCGUACACCCGAAUAGAUUCCUACUUUUGA